UUCAUUCGUUAGGUCGGUCUGUGCGCAGACAGUCUGCUCACAUGCACACGAACGACUUGGCCAACCAGAAAUUGAUGGAACAGACGAAAGGCAGACAGACAGGCAGACAGGAAGCGUCGCUCCGCAUGGGUCAAAAGACACGGACAAGCAGAUACGGAACACACACAUCCACACACCAUACAUGCGAUGGAGAUCGGUGUCUCAUGCAGGCAGCGCACAGACAUCAAGCAAUGGAUCCAUGGACACACGGAUGGAUAGAUGGACCGCCCGUCCGACUGCCCUUCUCCCAUCCUCCCCUGCCCCUUAUGUGUGUGAUGUGUGUGUGAGAGAGACACUCACUUGUCCCCCUCCCCCUCGCCGCCCUUCUCAUGCUUGCCGGCUGUGCCAUUGCUCACUGGCAGUGCGGCGAAGCACGCCUCCAGCCCCACCACCACGAUGCCGUCUUUGAAUGACAACACACACUCCCCCUUGCACCGACACACGUGCUUCUCGCCGCCAUCGAGGACUUGGUCUGGUGCAGGUGGCCUACUAUGGCCACCAGCCAGCAGAUACACGUAUACGUACGGCGUCUUGACCAACUCAGAACUGCAUUGACAACAUGCAGAGAGAGACAUAUACACACAUUCGCGACCACACGCUCCUCUGUUCGCCUACUCGCACGCCACUCCGUCCCGCAGCCUCGUGUUUGUGUCUUCGAAUCGUCCGUCGGUGGUGGCGAUGGGGAGGGGAGCGUACACUGCCAUAAUGAGGGAAUGAAUG